AUGCACGAAAAUUGUAAAGCCAUUCUUCUACUUAUACUUUGGUCGUGCGAGAAACAACCUACAACUCGAACACCAAACUACCCCAUGCAAGCACGCCAAGUCCCAGUGCCGCCUAAAAAUGCCCCUCCAGCCGGCUACGAAAAAAUAGCGAAAACAAUAGAGCACUAUGAGCAACAACUAAAAGAACUACAGUCGGAUACCGCCCCAACUGCGUUAUCAACAAGAGCAGAUGAGCAAACCUGGAAAAUAUUCCGUAUAAUUAAUGAACUUUCUCGCUACAUAUACUCUCUAUAUUAUAAGCGUAGAGCUAUAAGCAAAGAACUCUACAACUGGCUUCUUCAUCACAGAUACGGCGAUAAGAAUCUUAUUGCCAAGUGGAAAAAGCAGGGUUAUGAGAAACUAUGCUGUAUUAGAUGUAUUCAAUCUACUGAGACACAAUAUGGGACUACGUGUAUUUGCAGAGUUCCUCGGGCUGUUCUAGAAAAAAACUCUUCGAAUGGCGUCGUUACCUUUAAGAAUUGUGUCCACUGCGGUUGUAAUGGAUGUGCAAGUACGGACUAA